UCAAGACAAGGGAACAUGAACUUGCAAAGCGGCAACCUGCGCCUUCCUUCCACUCUUCCUAGGUUUAUAACGUUAAACUGUUGCUACCCACUCACUCUCACAUUGCUCCUCCACGCCGCAAACUUCGCCAUUCUCGCUCGCAUCUCAACCCUUUUUUCACUCUCUCGUCACGGUGCUGUGCUUGAAUGAACUUCUGCUGAACAUGUUUAGGUGUUGAUGCUUGUGCUUUUGCGUGUCUUUGUGUGCUGCAAUUGGCUUGGCGUUGCUCGGUUUCUUGUAAUUCGGUGUGCAUUGAGGAAAACUUUAAAUGAAGCCAUGUUUUUGAAAUACAACCUUAUGUCCCUACUUUAAAAGGGUUGCAUCCAGGAAGGAGGAGGUUCAACAGAAGGGUUUUAGCAACAUGGGUCACUUUGAGAAACCCAUCAUUAAGGUGGAGCCUUUGGAUGAACCAAUUAACUCUACAAAAGUUGUUGAGGACACUGAAGUCGACAUCAUGAGUUGGACAAACAAGGGUGAUUUUGCACCGAACAAAGUUGAGGACCCUGAUGCAACAGACUAUUCAAGCUCGUUUGCUGACACUACGUCUGAUGCUGAAAAUGGUUAUAGAUUGAGUGAUGCUGAAGUGGAGUCAGAAUUCUUGGGUGAUAAUGGCUUGGCAAACACUUCUGAUGGUUCUGCAUUUCCUAUGAGGAAGAGGAAGUUGACCAAUCGUUGGAGGAACUUUAUACGACCUCUAAUGUGGCGUUGCAAAUGGACAGAACUAAGAAUUAGGGAAAUUGACUCACAAGCAUUGAAAUAUAGUAAAGAGCUUGCAGAAUAUGACAAGGGAAAACAUACAGCACCUGAUGAAUUUACUUUAGAAGAGUUUGGUUCAAAGUCAUUGCCAUUUUUGGGUGAACAGCUCAGAAGUAAGGCCAAAAAGAGAAGAAGAAGGAAGAAAGUUGAAGACACAACUGAUAUUGGAUCGUAUACAUCACGUCAUUAUAUUUUCUCCUAUCUUGAGAAUAAGAAGUCUGAUCCUGAUGGCUAUUUGGCUGAUGAUUUUGGCAAUCCAGUGAUCACAGAGCCACAUGUUGAUUCAACAGACAGAUUUGACAUUGGAGAAGAUCAACCUUUGUUGGAUUUCAAUGAAAUCGAUGCUUCCUUCCAGAAGAUGCUUUGGACAAUAGACAAUAUACAUGCUAGGGUCCACAAGCUGAAGACUGAUGUUGAUGGAAUCCUGUCCAAAAAUGCUUCAAAGUUUUCUUCAUCAGAAAAUUUGAGCUUUCUUCUAAAUCACGGUGAUGUGCAGCAGACUAGCUCUGCUCAAAGUCCUACAAUCUCUGCAGGGAAUGGAGAUACAGUAUCUGUUGGGGUUAUUUAUAAUUCAACUCAGGAUGGAGCCGACUUUGAUAUAGGAGAUUUUGUUAUGCAUGAUAGUGCUAUUUCAAGUUAUGGAGAAGGUCCUAUGAUUCCUGAUAUAAUUGAGAGCACUGUUGGCUUAUUGUCUGCUGUUGAUGUCACCCUCCAUUCGGCCUUGGUUGUUGACCCGUGUGAAGAUGUAAUGGUGGACAAUGUCUUGAUACAUGAGGUAGCUGAAACAGAUGAGCACACCUUUAAAAGUGCAAGUCAGUAUCCUGUGGAGAGGCUUCAGGAUGUGGAGAGAGGUGAAGGGGAAGAAGAAAGUCUGAAUCCUGUUCCUAUCCCCAUGUCAGAUAUUCAUACGGCAACAACAAACCCUGCAGUGUCUCAAGAGCAAUCAACUCUGAAGUCCUGUAUGUAUAGAGAUGGGAACAUUCUCAAGAACAAAAGAAAACGCGGGGAGCGCAAAGCGUGUUCAGGCAGCUGGAACAAGAAAUGCUCGGGGGAAUCUGAGAACCAGUCACAUUUGAGUUGUGGUGGAAUCAGCUUCCUGCAAAUGCAAGGUGUAAGGCUACCUGCAAUAAACUCAUAAUGAGUGAGACUGGCCUUUUUCUUUUAAGAAAUUAUUACAUGGUUUCGUACCACCAUGAUCUUGGUCAGUAUUUAUGUAACACAAGUUGAUUCUUUUUUAAUUCUUUAGUGCAAAUUGAAAAAUUAGGUCACAUUUUAGUUGUGGAA